CUGCUGCUGUUGCUGCUGCUGCUGCUGCUGCUGCUACUACAGCUGCUGCUGCGUUGCCUGCCGACAGCAGCGACCUGUUGUGAGCAUUGCGAGCCCCGCUGCCGUGAAGUUGCGGGGAAAGUAUCUGAAGUCGCGAAAGCUUCAAAUCUCGAAGAUAUCAAAAUGGACGAGCAGUGCAUGCAUCAGGACGAUGAGGAGCUGCAACAGCAGCAGCAGCAGUCUCCAAACAAUCGGAAGGCUCCUUCACGCACCACGCAGAAUGCAGCUCAGUCUGUGCAGCAGUAUCCUCCUGCCUUGGCAGAGGCAGCAACCCAGACGUGUCAGUCUCCACAGGCUCAGCCAGUUAAGCACACCCCACAAGUGCCUAAGGUGUCUUCUGGCAGCAGUCAGCGAGCGAGUGGAGAGGCGGCUUCUGAUUCAAGCUCCCAAGGCUGCGUGAAAGUGGUGCACGACAUGCUGAUGACUUCAAGCAACUGCGGCAGCAAUUGGCCAUCCGACCAAGAAGACAUAUUUCGCCUCCUGGUGCAUGGGAGAGAACAUUUUGAAAUAUUAAAGAAAAUCAAGGAAAACCUGGAGCUGAUCCGAACGCUGCCCACGGAUGCCAAUGUGUUGCGCAACCUGCAGCAACAACAAUACGUGACGGAAUUGCGUGGCAGGCCGUUCAACCUCAGCCGACACGGCAGCGAGUGUUCACAGGAAGUCUUGGCCGGCAGCCAGGGACCCUCCAGUGCCGGCGAAGGUUCCUCACCAGGCGUUGCACAGAAUGUUGUGACGGGUGAAGCAAAUGGAUCCAAUGGUCCCCCACGGCCACCGGACGGAGACAACCCACGGGCCCGGCUUGGAACCCUGCCGGACAGCGGCAAGCCUGGCAACGCUCUUUACAACUUCCUGAAACAAAUAGACUGCUUGGAGUUUUUGGAGAAUUUCACUUCGCGUGGAUUGUCGAGUGUCCAACAGCUGAUGGACGUCACUCUGCAGGACUUGGAUGAACUGGGAGUCCCAGAAGCCAAAAAGCGACUGCUAUUGAGUGGAAUCGAAGAGCAUGGCGUGUCCACCACGAUCUCCAGCGAGACGACACUGCAGCGCUCGUCCAGUGAAGAGACAGUCCACCUCAGCUCCGAGGACGACGACGAUGACGGCAUCGACACCAAGGACGGCAUCCUUGCCAAAGUGUUCCCAGCGCUGCGGCCCUCUGGCAGGAAUCUGUCCUCUGUCGGCAAUCGGUAUCGCAAAAGCAGCAUUGCCAAAUACAAUUUGCGAGCGUACGCUCGCCAAGCCGUUGCCCUUCCUCGUGCUGGCAGCUGGGGAGGCAGUAGCAGCCUGGAGGUGCCCAGGAGCAAGAUGCCAAAAUUCUCUUCAUGCUCUGACAUCGAAGAAGAAGAGGGGCUGGAGUGAGGAGAGGAGGGGGGUAGCGAUAGAUGGAUGAUGGUGGGAGGUUGUGUGGGCCGUGGGAUGCACUUUGUAUGAAAAGCCCUUGGGGUAAAUAAGCUGGUGUCUUUUGAUUGAAAGCUUUCGUGACUGCAGGGAUUCAUCUUCUUGGUUCUUUCAGUAAAGUCACGGUCGACAGACCUGUUCUCCACCUGAGGACGGCUGCUUGCGUUGUGGCCGAAACGUCGUGAGAAUUAAUUUAUAAAAAAAAAGUAUUACUAUUUCCUUGCUUGCUUGCUUAGGACCGUGCAAAUCUUUCGGUCGUUUUUUAACCCACUUCCCGUCAUCCAAUCAAGCUGACAUUUUGCACACAGACUCGUUGUGCGUGACAAUUUAUUUUCGUGAAAACAUUUUGUUCCAAAAUUUUACACUGUUUAGGGAAUUUUUUAUUUUAUAUUUAAUUACCAAUUGCUUAAUGGUGGCAGGCAAUCAUCUGACCCAUAGGUGGCAGCCAUCUCAAGCCAGAGGACGAGAGGACUCUAGCCGCCACGCAUAUAAAGGAUUUAUAGUGAAAAACUUUGUUUUUACGGGUUAAUUUUUUGUUACAGGUAGGAACAACAGUUCCCCACCGCCCACCAGGGAUUAUUUGUCUGUCGUGCAUAGCCCCUCCCACCGCGUAGCACGCUCCCCGAUUGGUUGAAGUGCGUCACGUGACCGCGAGCUUUCUGCCCAACCAAGUUCCUAGCUGGCCACUGUGAAGGAACGUGAUUGUGCUGUGGAUUCAGAAACCCGAGUUUGAGGGUGACAUCCGAACUGCUGAUUGUUUGGGCGCUGACCACUGGUGAAGUACCCGUCUGGUCACUGCCUGCAUCUUGGAGUGGAUUGAACAAGGGCUGUUGAUAUUAUUGAGCUUUGAUUAAAAGCCAAAAACCUUUAAAGUACAAU